UCUCUGGAGGAGUGGCAAUGCCUGAAUACUGCUGAGCAGAAUUUAUAUAGAAAUGUGAUGUUAGAGAACUACAGAAACCUGGCCUUUCUCGACCUGAUCACUUUUCUGGAGCAAGGAAAAGAGCCCUGGAAUAUGAAGAGACAUGAGAUGGUAGCCAAACCUCCAGGUAGUCUCUUUGCUGCUGUAAUAUUUACCUUUGGUCUCAGUAGACUCAAACUGUCAUUCCGAAGUAUGCCACAAUUUAUUUCAGUACUUUAUGUCACGAGGGACAGAAACCAGUGUCUGGAAAGGCUUCUAGAAGCCAGAAAUAAGGAUUUAUGUGUUCUCAUUUUACUCAAGACCCUUGGCCAAAGCACAGCAUAA